AUGAAGACCGCCACCGUUUUCGCUUCCGCCCUUGCCUGCGCUGGCAGCGCUCUCGCCGCCCCGGCCACCACCUACUACAACCUCGUUGCCUCCGCGUCCGGCCAGGCCAUCGACGGCGCCGCCCUCAAGGUCAGCGGUGGCUGGUGGUACCUCGGCAAGGCCACCACCUCCACCUGCGGCGAUGUCUCCCCCGCCGUGACCGUCGGCGCCGCCGGUGCUCUUUCCUUCCACGCCGAUGGCAAGCAGAACCAGCAGCAGGGCUUCGUCGACAUCUCCGGCGCUGCUGAUGGCCUCCUCGGCUACACUCUGCCUGACCAGUUCACCAGCCCCUCCCAGCUGGCCGACAAGUUCUCCAUGGCCGGCUCCGAGCAGGACCAGAUCAAGCUGUUCUGGGACGGCGAGUCCAACUGGUUGGCUUGCCCCACUGAGGCCGCUGGCCAGUACAUGAUCUACCCCGCCAAGAUGUACGGCAAGGCCGUUGGCAAGGACAAGUGCCUUUCCUUCGAGGUCAAGGUCAACCAGGUCGAGGCCCCUGCUACCGUCUGCGUCUACAACUAA